CUCCUCCUUGGUCUCCUCUCUCUCUCCCUUCCACCACUCUUCUGGCUAGCAAUGCACCACCUUGCCGCCGCUCGCCCUGCCCUUCGCGCCGUCGUCAGCAAGCCUUCUUCGACCCGCUCCCUCUCUCUCUUGCGCGCUGCCAGCAGCAGCAGCCAGGUCGCCACUGCCUCAGCUACCACGAGGACUGCGUCGCAGAGCAACGCCGCCACCAGGAACAACAGCGUCACCCGCGCCUUUUCCGUCUCAUCGCGCGCCAUGGCUGGUGGUGUCGGUCUCGGCGAGGACAACGUCCGCCCGCCAUACGACCAGGUGCUGCAGGACAUUGCCGACUACGUGCACAACUAUGAGAUCAAGAGCGACACGGCCUACAACACGGCCAGGCUCUGCCUCAUGGACUCGCUCGGCUGCCACAUGGAGGCGCUCCGCUUCCCCGGCGCUCGUGCCGUCACGGGCCCUGUCGUUGAGGGCACCGUUGUGCCCAACGGAGCAAAGGUUCCCGGCACCAACUUCCAGCUCGACCCCAUCCGCGCCGCAUUCAACAACGGCGCCCUGAUCCGCUGGCUCGACUUCAACGACACCUGGCUCGCCGCCGAGUGGGGCCACCCCUCGGACAACCUCGGCUCGAUCCUGGCCGUCGCUGACUGGCUGUCGAGGACCAACGUCGCAAACGGCAAGGCGCCCCUCACCGUCGAGGACAUUCUCACGGCCGCCAUCAAGGCCCACGAGAUCCAGGGCUGCAUCGCGAUUGAGAACAGCUUCAACCGCGUCGGCCUCGACCACGUCGUCCUCGUCAAGGUCGCCUCGGCCGCCGUCGUGUCCAAGAUGCUGGGCAACACGCGCGACCAGACUGUCGACGUCGUCUCGCAGGCCUUUGUCGACGGCCAGUCGCUGCGCACCUACCGCCACGCGCCCAACGCCGGCUCGCGCAAGUCGUGGGCCGCCGGUGACGCCUGCUCGCGCGCCGUCAACCUUGCCCUCCUCGUCAAGAAGGGCGAGAUGGGCUACCCUUCGGUGCUGACGGCAAAGACGUGGGGCUUCUACGACGUCCUCUUCAAGGGCAAGCCCUUCGAGUUCCAGCGGCCCUACGGCUCGUACGUCAUGGAAAACGUCCUCUUCAAGCUCGUCCCUGCCGAGUUCCACUCCCAGACGGCCGUCGAGUCGGCCGUGAUCCUGCACAAGCAGAUGAAGGACGCGGGUAAGUCGUCGGACGACAUCAAGAAGAUCACCAUCAAGACGCAGGAGGCCGCCAUCCGCAUCAUCUCCAAGCAGGGCAAGCUCAACAACUACGCCGACCGAGACCACUGCAUCCAGUACAUGGUCGCCGUGCCCCUCAUCCACGGCAAGCUGGAGCCGCAGAUGUACAACGACGACUUUGCCGCCGACCCGCGCAUCGAUGCGCUGCGUGAGAAGACGUACUGCGAGGAGGACGCCACCUACACCAAGGAGUACCUCGAGCAGGACAAGCGCUCCAUCGGCAACACGGUCACGAUUGAGUUCAACGACGGCAGCACCCUUUCGCACGGCCUCGACUACCCUGUGGGCCACGCGCGCAGGCGUGAGGAGGCCAUCCCCCUCAUUGCCGCCAAGCUCGAGAAGCACCUCGACGGCCACUUUGACGAUGCCAAGAAGAAGCAGAUCCUCGGCCUCAUUGACAACCACGAUGCGCUCCUCAAGAUGCCCGCACACGAGUUUGUCGACAUCUGGGUCAAGAACUAGACAGUCUUUCUCUUCCUCGAUUUUCAUCAUGCGCCGAGGCUCUGGAAUGCACAAAAUUCUUUUAAAUAAUGACCUAUGAAGAGGACAUAAGCUAUGAAAGGGAGACAAAGAUAUCUACUGCUCGUUGACAAUGACAGCAGCCAUUCCCAU